GUGCUACAAAAACAAGCCAACGUUAACCUGACCGCAUGUAAUUACGUUGUUAGACCCAUUUCAGCGGCGCGUAAAUACGCACAAGCCGCGACGCAAGCCUGAGUAAGAAUGUUUAAGAAUUUAUGUAUGAAACGUUGCUUAUCUUUCAGUAGGGGCGUGGCUAUUAAGUCGUGUAUUUUCUGUACUUGAAAACCCAUGUGUAGAGGGAGUUCUAAGACACUCUCCCAACGACCGCAACAGACUCACCCAGGGUCGGAACGGUCGAGAAAUUAAGUAGGCAACAAGUCCUUGAGUAGCCAUUAAGUAGCCAACAAGUCCAAGAGGGAUGGCGGUUUUUGCAAAUCACAUUUUGGGAAUAUUCUUGGAUUACUUCAAAAAGACUUCAUUGCCUCUUUGGACCCUGUCCCCGUGAUACUCUUCUCACCAGCGACUUAAUUGUGCAGAAUAUUGCUGAGAUGAAUAUGUACUAUGUAGUAAUUGAAUUAAUAAUUGCUGUUUUGUCCAUAUCCGGCAAUGUAUUGGUUUGCUGGGCUGUCGCAAUCAAUACCACUCUGAAAAACGCUACGAACUAUUUUUUGGUGUCCUUGGCAGUAGCCGAUAUUUUGGUUGGUUGUCUUGCCAUCCCUUUUGCCAUAACUAUAAGCAUCGGUAUCUGUUUGGACUUCUACGGAUGCCUUUUCCUCGCCUGCUUUGUUUUGGUACUGACUCAAAGCUCAAUAUUUAGCCUUCUUGCUGUUGCAAUUGACAGAUAUCUGGCCGUUAAGAUCCCUCUAAGGUACAGGGAGCUGGUGACAGGCAAAAGGGCCAGAGAGAUCAUCGCCAUUUUAUGGAUCCUAUCCUUCAUCAUUGGCCUCAUCCCCUUCCUGGGCUGGAACCUAAAGGAGCAAGCAUGCGCCCCGCCCCCGGAGAACGCCAGCGUCCCGUCGGACAACGCCUCCGACCAGUGCCCUCUGAUUGGCCGGGAGGGGGAGCGACACUUCCUGAAGAGCUGCCAGCUCGCCUGCAUGUUUGAGAGCGUGGUGGACAUGCACUACAUGGUCUAUUUCAACUUCUUUGGCUGCGUCCUCCCCCCCCUGCUCAUCAUGCUGGGCAUCUACGCCAAGAUCUUCACGGUGGCGCGCAAGCAGCUGCGGCAGAUCGAGCUCAAGUGCGUGGGCAACGGCGACAGCAGCCCCCACCGCAGCCUGCUGCAGCGCGAGAUCCGCGCCGCCAAGUCGCUCUCCAUCAUCGUGGGGCUGUUCGCCCUGUGCUGGCUGCCCGUCCACAUCCUCAACUGCCUGACGCUCUUCUACGGCGACCUGGACAAGUCGCCCUUCGUCAUGUACGUGGCCAUCAUGCUGUCGCACGCCAACUCGGCCGUCAACCCCAUCAUCUACGCCUACCGCAUCCAGGACUUCCGCAACACCUUCCGCAAGAUCCUGACGCGCCACUUCCUGUGCCGCAGGGAGGACCUCUACCUUAGCUCCAAUGGCAGCAGGCGGAAUAAGGACCAGAUUCACAUGACUAUCGACCCGUUACUCUAGGGGGGUGCUGUGAUGCGGGUUAGAAUCCCCCCCUCCCGACACUAUUUGUCUUAACUUGUGUUUUAUUUUUGAAUGCUAUUUUCAGUAAGGAUAGAUAUGUUUACAGAACAAAAGGGGUAUGUUCCAUAUAACAUGCAUUGAGGAAUUUCCAAUAUGCCUUGAAUGUGGACAGUUAUUUAUAAAUCCCGUGGAGUAUCAGUGGUCAGCUGGGGAAAUGCAUUUGUAGCUAGUACUUUUCAUGUUGUGAAGGUUCUUUUGUAUUUUAUUUAGCUGAAUCUAACUAACUGGAUUUGCAGGACUGUGAAAUCGAUCCAAUUGCAAUGUUUGAAUUCAUUGCUAGGAUUUUAUUUAUCAUUCCUACGCAUGUCAUUGCAACUCAAACACUCCUUUCUGAAGCCUUAAUUUUGAGGAAAACAAUGUGUUAAGUGUAUAGCAUUUAGUGUCUGAACAAUUUAUUUAUUUUGAUGUAGUUGGGAAUGGAAAGACAAAACCACAUUAUGUAAACCUACGUUGGUUGCACUGUACUUGGGUUUUGAUGGACUCCAAUAGCAACGUUCUUAUAGAAGAAACAGACAUACUGCAGAGGAAACUGCAAAUGGAAAAAUGUAAGCAGGAACCGUUUAUGACUGCAACAUCAGCAAACUGUUUAUGGAGAGGAUGGGAUACUAGAAAGGUGGACCACUUCAUAUCUCUAGAGUUUCCUGGAAAACUCAGGAACAGGCCUACAUAAUGGGAAGCUUGACCGUGCUGUGAAAAACAGUAGUUCAGAGAGAAUAAAGGUUUGGACCUGUGGCAAAUGAAUGAAAUGUAUCUUUCGUCACCAUUCAAAGCCUAAUUAUUUGAAAUGCCGACUGACUAAAACUAGUCAUAUGUCCUUUAGACAAUGUGUCAGUGACUACCCCCCCUUCUUAACCCAGACGGACUCCCAGGGCGUGGAGUACCCAGCUGGCAUGAACCACCACUGGCAGUCAUCUUCAUGAACUGUCAACUGCGACAACAUUCUCUUGAACUGACAGGAGAAACUGAGGUCUACUCAAGGAGAAACUCUGACAGUCGCCCCCGUAUCAGGUUAGCACGUCAUGGCGGCUUGGGCGGCCGAGGGAAAGAUUAAGCACCCCUCCCCCAGGCUACCAUGGCAGCUGAGACUGCCAACCACAGUAAACAAGUUCAAUGAGGAACAGUAACGUGAUUAGAUGUUCUCAUGUUUGCGAAAGGGGAAACGACUUUAUGUUCAUUUCGGAAAAUCUUGUAUGUCACACCUCCGGCGUGAAUCGGUAAAUGAUGUUUGUCGUCUUAACGGAUGCUGCUGCACUUGUUUUCUGGGUGUGAUGGUCAGUAUCGUGUACUGUAUGCUUUGAAGCAGUGACUACUUGAGAUUGAAUUGGCUGUGAUGUUCACCUGAGGUCAAGAGAGAGACCUGCAUUUGACGUAAUUCCAUUCCAUUUGAAAAUUCCAUGAACAAAAGGAGCCAGUGCUGCACUGUCAAAACAUGAACAUACAUAUUUGUUUUUAGAAAAAUAUUUUAGUCAAAUCUAAAUAUUUCAACAUGCCUCUUGCUUCUGUGUUGCUGUUGACUGGUGUUUUAAUGUCAACUUUUUAUGUGGAAAGCAUCAAGCACUGGGGAUGCAACAACUACAGUAUUUCAUUUGUCAUUGUUAAUGUGUUACUUAUUCACCUUAUAUACCAACUCAACAAAUAAAAACUCAAGGGCUAAAAAAGGUGUGCUAAACUUCAAGAACAUUCCACUG